CUAUACUGGUAGCUUCGGACAGUCCGGUAGGUUCGGACGUUUUAAAAAUGACGUAAAAUCGAAGGUAUAAACGCGACGUCGCGAGCCAAUCUUCUGACAAUAUUUUGACAAGAAGACACACUGUCGUAUUCCAGUAAGAAAAAUCAGCAAAAUGCGCCAUAAACAGCCGAAAGCAUCGAAAUAUCAUGGUAAAUACAGGGGAUACAGAAAAGAGACACUUGUUCUGGCUGUCGAAGCUGUCCAAAAGGGAUUGUCGGUGCGGAGAGCCGCAGCACAAUUUUGUGUGCCACGGGCCACCCUUGCUGAUAGAGUAUCGGGACGGAUAAGUGGUACAGUAACCAAGGAGACACUCUUUAACCAAGAGGAGGAAUUGAGGUUAGUGGAGUAUUUAGAGUCACUGGCACAGCUCGGAUAUGGGGCCACUAGAAGUCGACUCAAAGAUUUGGCUGGGGAUUUAGCCUUUAGCCUUGGUAAACGGGGAAAGAAUAAGCCUUUAAGCAACGACUGGGUCUCGGGAUUUUUACAGAGAUGGAAAACACGCCUGUCAUCUGUUCGCCCAAGUGCAUUGGAAUCUUACCGUGCGAAGUAUGCAACUCCGGAAUCGGUGGAUCAUUAUUUCAAAAAUCUUGAAGAAACAUUAAAAAAGUAUGACUUAUUAAACAAGCCAGAGUGCAUUUACAAUUUAGAUGAGACCGGUAUCCAGCCAGAACAUCGCCCCCUUAUCAUUAUUGCCCCCACCUGUGAAAAGGCGCAGUCAGUUACAUCCCCGAGAUCAACAACAACUACCGUAAUUGGGUGCGCAAAUGCUAUGGGCAAUCACGUUCCACCUUUCUUUGUUUUUAAAGGGAAACGGGAGAAUCCCGAGCUUAUGAAAGGUAGCUCUCCGGGUUCAAGAUUUUGUAUGUCCGACUCUGGGUGGUCAAACAGUAACGUUUUAAAAAUUUAUCUUGAGCAGCAUUUCAUUCCGAACGUCCGACGUGGAGAGAAUGACAAGCAACCGAUAUUGCUUCUUUUUGAUGGGCAUAGUUCUCACACAUCCACUGAUCUUAUUGAAUGGGCCAUUUCAAAAAAUAUUAUCUUAUUUGUAUUACCUGCUCAUACAUCACACAUAUUGCAGCCAUUGGACGUAGCUAUUUUUGGCCCCUUUAAAGGUCAUUAUUACAGGGAAUGCGCUGCAUUUAUGCAUAGGCAUAUGGGUAGAUCAGUCACCAAAUACGACAUGGCAGAAAUUGCGUGCACGGCAUAUUUGCAUGCAAUGAGUCCCUUAAAUAUUGUAUCGGCCUUUAGAAAGACGGGAAUAUACCCCUUUAACCAACAGGAGAUUCAGGCUGAAAAAUUGUUCCCAUGUGAGACUUUCAGGGAAGACACGCCCUUACAGAAGGUGAUUGCAAUGAAAACUGGUAAAGAGGCAGUUGAUAAAUACUUCGAAGACAAGUACAACCGUAGAAGUUCUAGCCCUAUGUCACCAAAGACAGGUGUUCAAGUAUCCAAAUGCACUUGCAAAAAGGCCAUAUUGAAACAUAAACCCAGUGGAAAACAAAUAACCGAGGCCACUUUCUUGCAACAGCUGUACGAAUACGAGCAUGCAAAAGAAACCCGUACUGGCACAACUGCAACGAAUCCGAAGAGUCCCCAACCAUCGACAAGUGGAAUUCACAACAACUCCAUUGAAAUUGCUUUAAGCGAUAAUGACAUUUCCGAUGAAGACUCUGAGGUUUGCUGUGUAUGUAAGAGUUUUUACCCACCAUCGGAAAAAAAUCCUUAUCUUAAAAUUGUUAAUUGGGCCUAUUGCGAUAAAUGCAGUCAUUGUGUGCAUCUAUCUUUUUGUCACGAGAAACGAGUCAUAAGGAGAGGAGACACGUUUUUGUGUCCCCACUGUGUUUAGUUAAUUAAUUAUUGCGUUACGUGUUCUCCCUUAUCAUGCUUUUCAUAUUGUUCUCGUCUUAACAUUUAUAUAAUCGUGCGUAGUCUUUUAAACGAGAAACAUAAGUACCAAUCUUAAA